UUCUAAGUUAAUUUUCCUCUUCUUUCCACCGUCUACGAAAGGCUUGGAACAGUGUGGGAUGUUUUGUAACUAUUGUAUCUUCUACAUGUCAUUUAUCUGCGUUCAAUACUUAGGCAGUUCGCUGGCGUUGGACGAGACUUGUUAUUGUAUCAUUGUAGAACGUACAAAUAUCCACGUAGAGAAAGACACGAUCAACAGCAUAUGUAACGUAAAAAAAAGAUCUUUUAUUUCAUAUUCCUCUCGAUUCCAAUUCCAAUCCAUCACUUGUUUCCCAUUUUCAUGGAUGCCACCCCCUUUCAUUUACUUUCCUUUUGCCCGGUUGUCAUUUCCCAUACAUACACAGUCUCCCUUUCUCUCCUGCGUUUCCUUCUCAACUACCGUCCAGCCUGCUUCGUAUUCGAAGCUAGGUAGGUACCUGCUUAACAUGAUUCUCAUCUUGGGAAUAGACACAAAGGAAAAAACAAAACAAAGAUGACCAGGUGAGCGUGAACGAAAACAACUGCCCCGUUGUCGGGGACGCUGUGAUGGGGAUUAAGACACGCAUGUACACACACGAGGAGUUUGUUUCAUCAUCAUCGUCUUUC